AUGUUUAGAAAUUUAAUAUGGCCAACUACAAGAAUAACAACCAAAGUAUAUAGUGGAAGUUGUAUAUUACAGUCUGUAAGGUAUAAACUGAGUAUUGUUAAACCAAUAGUCUCAAAUUUAUGGACAAUUCCAAAUAUACUCACUUAUUCACGUAUUUUAACAACUCCAUUCAUUGGUUAUUUUAUAACUACUGGUGAUUCAAAAUUAGCAUUAAGUUUUUUCACAUAUUCUUGUAUUACUGAUUUUAUAGAUGGUUUUAUAGCAAGAAAAUAUAAUAUGAAACUGAUAGUUGGAAGUAUUGUAGAUCCAUUGGCUGAUAAAUUUUUAAUGACGGUAUGUACUUUAUCAUUAGCUUAUAUUGAAUCAAUACCCUUGCUAAUAGCUUCAUUGAUAAUUGGAAGAGAUGUAAUGUUAAGUUUUAUGUCCUUUUAUUAUAGAUGGAAAAGUUUACCACCACCAAUCACAUUUGAUAAAUUUGUAAGUAUUGGUCAAAUACCUACAAUUAGCGUACAUCCAAAUUUAUUAGGUAAGAUAAAUACAGGAUUACAAAUGAUAUAUAUUGGUGGAUUAGUAUAUAAGCCAUUAUUUGAAAAUUAUAUAUCUGAUUUUAUGUUUGAUGGAUUUGGUUAUAUAGUCGGUUUUACAACUUUAUUAAGUGGUUUAAAUUAUAUAUUUUCUAAAAAUUCAUGGAAAUAUGUAAAAUAG